CCUGUAAAUCUGUGGUGAAUGAUGCCGUGCUCGAUUACUCCUGUCUGACUCUGAAUCAGUGAUCAACUCGUCUGUCCUGUCAGCACGUGUGAUUUCAGCGCAGCUGCAGUGUUUUGUUGGAUUGUGUGUGUUUUGAGCUAUGGAGAGUGUGGUGCAAUCCCGAAUCCCACCAGAGCAAAGCGAUAUUUUGGGAGUUGAGUCUCAGCAUGGAACGGCAGCGGAUGCUUUGACCAAAGCAUUCCUAAAGAAUAGCCUUCCCCACAUGAAGGAUGAAGACGUUGAGGAAAUGAUGUUGCGCAAGGCAGUGGUACUGGAAUAUAAAAGACCGAUGAAGAAGAAGGGAAAGACGAGAAAGGCCAAGGGACUGAAUGCCAAAGAAAGAAGACAGCUUAAAAUAUUCCAGCUCAAACCUGAACAUCAAAAAUAUGACCUCUUCUUGCCUCUGCAUGAGCUAUGGAAACAGUACAUUGUGGAUCUGUGUAAUGGAUUGAAACCAGGAAGCAACCCACAGAUGAUCCAGCAGAAGCUCUUGAAAGCUGAUUUCCAUGGUGCUGUCUUAACAGUUGUCCGAUCAAAAUGCCCCUCAUAUGUGGGUCUAACUGGCAUCUUGGUACAGGAACUGAAGCACGUCUUCAAAAUCAUUACAAAGGAGGACAAACUAAAAGUUAUACCGAAGAGGAAUAGUGUGUUCAGUGUGGAGAUCGGGGAUUUCGUAACGCACAUCUAUGGCAGCAAGUUUGAACUACGCUCCAGUGAGCGGUCGGCAAAGAAAUUCAAAAUAAAAGGAACUAUUGACUUGUAAUGGGAAGUUUUAAACAUCAUGGCUCAUACUGGAGAAUUAAGAGACAUUUAAUCAUUAUGGAUUUCUUAGCUUCUUCUUCUUAUUAUUGUUUUUACUCCUUUUUUAUGUUUUGAAUCUAACCAGGCAUGCAACUACAGUAUACUGGGCAUUUAUGAAAAGUAGUAGUUUUUGAUUGUCCACCAGGGGGAGUCCUUUUUGAAAGAGAAGGGAGGAAGAAUGAAUUUUAACCUCCUCAGUUCUCUCUCUCUCUCUCUCUCUCUCUCUCUCUCUCUCUCUCUCUCUCUCUCUCUCUCUCUCUCUCUCUCUCUCUCUCUCUCUCUCUCUCUCUCUCUCUCU